AUGGCGAAUUUAUUUCUCCGAAAAACAUUGUCCUGUAAUCAGUUUAGGACGUUGCAUAAGACUACAGUUAACUACAAUGUGCCGGUGCCCAUCACUUUCAAUAGUUACAAGAACCAGCAAAAAUUCCGUGAGGUCCAGUCUGAAGUACUGAACACCUUGAUGUCUAGCCCCAGAUUCGAACACCAGCUGAUUGAUGUUGAACAAUGGAUGACAAAGUUGCUAGAUUAUACACUAGAAGGAGGAAAAAGAGGUAGAGGUUUAGCAGUACCAUUUGCAUAUGAAAUGAUGGAAGAUCCAAAAGACUUCACUAAGGAAAACCUCCACAGAGCUCGAGUUUUGGGGUGGGCCGUGGAGAUAAUACAAGCAUAUCUGCUAACUGUAGAUGAUAUUGUGGACGCGUCACAAACUCGCAGAGGCAAGGAGUGUUGGUACCUGCACAGCGAUGUUGGACUCGGGGCAGUCAAUGACUGUGGACUCCUACUGACCUGUGCCGUAGAAGUAAUGGACCUCUACUUCGGAAAGGAACCCAUUUUUGCCGAUUUAAUAAAAAUUACUAAUGGGACUCUGUUGCAGACAUCAGUAGGACAGUAUUUAGACUGCUCAUCUGGCUACACCAAGGAGAAGAAUAACCUUGACAAGUUCACAAUGGAGCUCUUCGAUUCUAUAGCAUACCAGAAGACUGGCAUCUACUCUUUCAAAUUCCCUAUGCUCCUAGCUCUUACACUAGUAAAAGACGGGAAGAGCAGGUACUCAGAAGAAGCAAAUAAGAUAGCUUGGGACCUGGGCAGACUUCUACAAUUUCAGAAUGACUACAAAGACGUGUUCGUCGACGAUAUGAACACAGGGAAGGUAGGCACAGACAUUCAAGAAGGUAAAUUAACCUGGUUUGCUGUAACAGCGCUGCAGCGCUGCACCGAAGGACAACGUUCCAUCUUCAAAGAAAACUACGGCAGUAAAAACCCUGAACAUGUAAAGCGCAUCAAGCAGCUUUUUGAUGAAUUAGAAAUGGAAAAAGUAUACAAAGAGUAUGAAAGUUCUGUGUAUGAAGAUUUAGUUCGUAGAAUUCGGGCUUUGCCAACAAAAGGAGAGACACAAUUUUACUCAGAAAUUUUGGAAGCGUGCUGUAAACAUCUCUAUUGA